CUCAAUUGCUAUUAAAUAGGUUUUAAGAAUGAACAUAACAGACAUUAGUAAGCAUACAAGUCAGCUAGUGGAACAGUAGUCUGGAUGUCAGCAGAAUAGCAGCUGUCAUGCAUUUUGGAAAUACCAGUCAGUGUUUAAUUAACAGAAGAAAUAGAUUGUUCUGGGAUAGCAAUAAAGAAUAAAAAGUACCUGGGGUAGUUUGGCAGAGAAGAAAAGUUGAUAAGGGAUUCUCCUGUAAAUAUUGACUAGCAUGACUUGAAGAAUUUCUGUAUGCCAGGCACUGUGGUCUCAAUGCUUUAUGUGCACCAUCUUGUUUAAUUUCCAGUAACUUAACUGCUGAAGUAUCUGAGCUCCAAGAAAUGAGAUCACUGAUCAAAGAUAAUGCAGCGGAUAGAGAUGAGAUUUUAUUUGUGUAAGAUUAAGUGUGACCAAAGAGUCUUGUGCUGUUUCUGUGAUUUACUAGUGCCUGCCUCUUUACCAUCCACCUGUUCUCCCUUCUUGCAGCUGGCAGGGAAAUUGUCCUCUUCUCCAAGAUGUACAGAACCAAAGUGGGCUUGAAGGACCGCCAGCAGCUCUACAAGCUGAUCAUUAGCCAGCUGCUCUAUGAUGGCUAUAUCAGCAUUGCUAAUGGCCUCAUCAAUGAAAUCAAGCCUCAGUCUGUUUGUGCACCCUCGGAGCAGCUCUUGCAUCUCAUCAAACUAGGAAUGGAAAAUGACGACACUGCAGUUCAGUAUGCCAUCGGCCGUUCAGACACAGUUGCCCCAGGCACAGGGAUUGACCUGGAAUUCGAUGCAGAUGUUCAGACUAUGUCCCCAGAGGCUUCUGAGUAUGAAACAUGCUAUGUCACAUCCCAUAAAGGACCGUGCCGUGUAGCUACAUACAGUAGAGAUGGACAGUUGAUAGCUACUGGGUCUGCUGAUGCUUCCAUAAAGAUACUUGACACAGAGAGAAUGUUGGCCAAAAGCGCCAUGCCAAUAGAGGUCAUGAUGAAUGAGACUGCACAACAGAAUAUGGAAAAUCACCCAGUGAUUCGAACUCUCUACGACCAUGUGGAUGAAGUCACGUGUCUCGCUUUCCACCCAACAGAACAGAUCCUGGCUUCUGGCUCAAGGGAUUAUACUCUUAAAUUAUUUGACUAUUCCAAACCAUCUGCAAAAAGAGCCUUCAAAUACAUUCAGGAAGCUGAGAUGUUACGCUCCAUCUCUUUUCAUCCUUCUGGAGACUUUAUACUUGUUGGAACUCAGCAUCCGACUCUUCGCCUUUAUGAUAUCAACACCUUUCAGUGUUUCGUCUCUUGCAAUCCUCAAGAUCAACACACUGAUGCCAUAUGUUCCGUUAAUUACAAUCCUAGUGCCAAUAUGUAUGUAACUGGUAGCAAGGAUGGCUGCAUCAAAUUAUGGGAUGGUGUUUCAAAUCGAUGCAUCACAACCUUUGAGAAGGCACAUGAUGGUGCUGAAGUUUGUUCUGCCAUUUUUUCCAAAAAUUCUAAAUAUAUUCUUUCAAGUGGAAAAGACUCUGUAGCAAAACUUUGGGAAAUAUCUACAGGAAGAACACUGGUCAGAUAUACAGGCGCAGGUUUGAGUGGCCGGCAGGUGCACCGGACCCAGGCGGUAUUCAACCACACAGAGGACUACGUGCUCCUCCCUGAUGAAAGGACGAUCAGUCUCUGCUGCUGGGACUCAAGGACAGCAGAGCGAAGGAACCUGCUCUCCCUGGGGCACAACAACAUCGUGCGCUGCAUCGUGCACUCCCCCACCAACCCCGGCUUCAUGACCUGCAGUGACGACUUCAGGGCCAGGUUCUGGUACCGGAGGUCAACCACCGACUGAACCGCCCGCACAGCUCCCCCCAUGACUGCCCUCCCCCGUGUCCGGUCACCAGCCUCAGUCAUCAGUCAGUGUACCAUCUUUGGCAGUUGAGCUGCCCCUGUCUACAUCCUUCUUGGAUUUGUACAAAAGAAUCUUUUUUUACCUUGAUGUAGAAUCAUGGUGGAAAAAGUUGGGAACGCAGAUGUGUGCAGUUGUUCUCCAUUCACUGAUUAUUACAGUGUGAUUUUCAUCGGUUUUGUAAAUACAGGACUCUCUGUUUCUUUGGACUCUCUUGAUUGUUUGAAGGAUAGAUUAUUAAAGCGCUUUCGUCAUGA